AUGGCUUCUAUGAGAACUUCAUCUAUGUCACUGCUACUGCUUCUGAGUCUGGUGGCUCUUGUGAAGGCAGGAGUCAUCAUCCCACAGAGUCCAGGCUGCCCACCUACUGAGGACAAGAACUUCCCGCAACAUGUGAGGGUCAACCUAAACAUCGUUAACCGGAACACGAACUCCAGAAGGCCCACUGAUUACUACAAGCGCUCCACCUCACCUUGGACUCUCCACCGCAAUGAGGACCCUGAGAGGUACCCCUCUGUGAUCUGGGAGGCCAAGUGCAGCCACUCAGGCUGUAUCAAUGCUGAAGGGAAGGUGGACCAUCACAUGAACUCUGUCACCAUCCAGCAAGAGAUCCUGGUCCUACGAAGGGAGCCUCGGCACUGCCCUCACUCCUUCCGGCUGGAGAAGAUGCUGGUGGCUGUGGGCUGCACCUGUGUCACCCCCAUUGUCCGCCACGUGGCUUAA